AAAGGUGGCCCGGGCUCCUCCCCCUGCCCUCCCCUCUCCUCUCCUCCCUUGCCCUCCCUCCUCUCCUGUCGUUCCCACCCCUCAGGGCGGGGUUGCCCCCUACGCUCCGCCCCUCGCCCCCGGCGGGGCAGCGCGGGCAGCGGCACCGGUGGCAGCACGGGCGGUACCGGCAUGUCCUGAGCGGCGGCGGCGGCCGAUCCGGGCCGGAGCCAGCACGGAGGGCUCGGUGGAGCAGCGGGCCAAGGGCCGGGCCCCCAUGAAGGAGAAGGAGGCGGGCGCGGAGCGGGGCAAGCCCGCCACUUACACCGGGGACAAGAAGGCGCGCAUGGCGGCCAAGACCAACAAGAAGUGGGUGCGCCUGGCCACCGUGCUGGCCUACGUGCUCUCCGUCUCGCUGGCCGCCAUCGUGCUCGCCGUCUACUAUAGCCUCAUCUGGCAGCCGGUGCGCGGCAGCGGCGGCUCCUCCAGCCCCGGCCCCGGCGCCGCCGCCACCCCCGCGCAGCUCCGCGCCGCGCCCGCCGGACCUACAGCGGGGCCUCCGCCCGCGCCGCCGCGCACCGGCCCCGGCCCCGGCGCCAGCGCCCCGCCGGCCGCGUCCCCCUCGCCCGCGGCCGGGAGCGGGCCGGGCGCCGGUAGCCCCUGAGCCGGGCGGGCCGCGGGAGGCCGCGCUCCGCCGGGGAUGCGGCCGCGGGGCUCGGCCGAGGAUGGAGACCGAUGGCUCGCCCGUCCCUGCGGCACCGUGCAGCGCCCGUGGAGACUGACCGGAGACUGACCUGGAGACUGACUCGGCCCCGUUUGGACUCGGUGGAACUGCGGUAUCUUCUUUUCCCCCCGAUUUUUCCUCAAAAGGGAAUUUUGUGGCUUCGUUUUCUUCCUCACCAGGGCUAGCUUCUCCCUUUGAACCCGCAUUGAAUUCCUGCGCUGUUUAUGCCAGUCUGUUACCUAUACAAGGAUAUCGGUGUCCAAAAUUCCUCGCUAUUUACAGGAUCAGCUGGGAACAAUACGAAUUUAGAGGCUGUAAUCCAUUGUUGAAGUAAAAACAGUUUUGUUUAACGAUGAGCAUAAACUUAUUUAAAAUAUGUGGAAGGUAAAUUGACUUGUUUACUAUAUUAAAAUAUUUUCCCAAUAUGAAA